GGCGCGUGGGGGCCGCCCGCGGCUGCCGCGGGCUGCCCGCGGAGCUUCGGGGCGCCGGCCGGCGCGCGGCGCGCCGCCGCGGCGCCGGGCGGCUGCCUGGAGCACUACCUGAAGCUGAGGGCCGGCGGCAGCAUCCAGGAGGACCCGCGCAUGGGGAUGCUGGACGAGCUGCAGAGGACGCUGGCGAGCUACUCGCCCAAGCCGGUCGGCGCCCCGAGGGCGCAGGCCAGCGGGGGCGGGGGCGGCGGGGGCGGCGGGGGCGGGCUGUUCUCGGGCCUCUUCGGGGGUGGCGCCAAGCCGAAGGCCGCUGCCACUCCGGCAGCGCCGCCGGCACCGAAGCCAGCGGCUGGGCAGGUCGGCCUCUACCUGUGGGGCGGCACCGGAACGGGAAAGACUUUCAUGAUGGAUAUCUUCUACGACACGAUGCCGAUCCAGAGGAAGAAGCGGAUCCACUUCCACGAGUGGAUGAUAGACGUGCACAACCGCCUGCACAAGAAGCAGAAGGGCAGCAGCGCGAAUACGAACAAGAGCGCGGACGACCUGGUGGAGCAGGUUGCCGCUGAGAUGCUGGAUGAGGCUUGGCUGCUCUGCUUCGACGAGUUCCAGGUCACGCACAUCAGCGACGCCAUCAUCAUGAAGCGCAUAUUCUCCGUCCUCUUCGAGCGGGGCGCCGUGGUGGUCGCAACCUCUAACAGGCCACCAGAGGACCUGUACUUGAACGGGCUCAACAGGCCACUCUUCCUGCCUUUCAUACCGAUGCUGCAGGAUUUCUGCCGCGUUCACCCGAUAGGCGCCGAGGUGGACUACCGCAUGAUCGCCGUCGGCGCGGGCGAGGACAGCCGCACGUACAUCCACCCGCUCGGGGAAGCGGAGAGAAAAUUGCUGGAGUACAAGUUCGCCAAGAUCUGCCAGGGCAACGUGCUGACCUCCGCACAGCUGGAGGUGCAGGGCCGGAAGAUCUUUGUGCCGAGGUGCGCCGAGACGUCGAACGUCGCAUGGUUCGGUUUCGCUGAUUUGUGCGACAGGCCCCUCGGCGCCGCGGACUACCUGGCUAUAGGGACUGCUUUCCACACCGUGUUCAUCGCAGAUAUACCCAGACUGACGAUGCAAGAGCGCGACCAGGUGCGCAGAUUCAUCACGUGCAUAGACUCUUUGUACGAGCGUCACACCAAGGUGGUGUGCACUGCAGCACUGGACCCAAUCAGCUUGUUUCACGUGACCGAAGAGGAGAGAAAGACUUCGGUAGCGGAUGAGAUCUUCGCGUGGGAUCGGACCGUGAGCAGGUUGAUGGAGAUGCAGUCCGCCCAGUACCUCUUGGACGUUAUUAAGGACUUGGACGCUGAUCAGUUCAUCGGCCAGUAUUCUCUCAAGUCUCUCACGGACGAGGACAUGAAUGAUCUCUGGAAAAGAUACGAUUCGGAUGAGAAUGGUCAUUUGGACAAGAGUGAGUUCCGUGUCUUGCUCGAGGACUUGUUGGAAAAACAGAAGGGCCACCGGAAUUUGUCCGAUGACGUGUUCGAUGAGUGCAUGAAGGUUGCCGACAAGAACCAAGACGGCGUCAUCCAGUUCAGCGAGAUCAAAGACUAUUUGGGGGAGUUCUCCCAGGUUCAGUCCACCCUGAGAGUGUGA